GCUCGCACUUAAAGUUUAGUCGCUGAGGAGCGCGAGCCUGCACUCACUCACUCACGCGAACACACACACGCUCGCGCGCACCAUGCACAGAUUUACUGCACUCCUACACGUCGUCUUUUACCUGUGGACGUCAUUUUGUGUCAAAGACUCUAUACAGGGGGAGCACCAGAGGAGGUUGUAUAAGGAGUUGUUAGAAAACUACAACCGGUUGGAGAGACCCGUGGCCAAUGACUCCGCCCCUCUGGUGGUGGAACUCGGACUCACGCUGCUCCAGAUUAUAGACGUGGAUGAGAAAAACCAAGUGCUCAUCACCAACGCUUGGCUACAGCUGGCCUGGACAGAUGUUUAUCUAAGCUGGAACCCUGAGAAUUACCCAGGUGUUAGCAAUCUACGCUUCCCUUCCAGUCAAAUCUGGACUCCUGACAUCCUCCUGUACAACAGCGCUGACGAGAGGUUCGAUGCCACCUUCCACACCAACGUGCUGGUGAACUCGUCAGGAGCCUGUCAGUACCUACCGCCAGGUAUUCUAAAGAGCACGUGUUACAUCGACGUGCGCUGGUUCCCGUUCGACGUGCAGAAGUGCGACAUGAAGUUCGGCUCCUGGACUCACAACGGCUGGCUGCUAGACCUGCAGAUGCAGGAGGUGGACAUCUCCACGUACAUCCCCAAUGGAGAGUGGGACCUCGUGGGGGUUCCCGGGAAAAGGAACGAGCUGUACUACGAGUGCUGUAAGGAGCCAUACCCGGACGUGACCUACACAGUGACCAUCAGGAGGCGGACUCUGUACUACGGACUCAACCUGCUCAUUCCCUGCGUCCUCAUCUCUGGCCUCGCGCUACUCGUCUUCCUGCUGCCUGCCGACUCUGGAGAGAAGAUCUCGCUGGGAAUCACAGUCCUGCUGUCCCUCACGGUGUUCAUGCUGCUGGUGGCGGAGAUCAUGCCCGCCACCUCCGACUCUGUCCCCCUCAUAGCUCAGUACUUUGCGAGUACGAUGAUGAUUGUGGGUUUGUCCGUCGUGGUCACCGUCCUCGUCCUGCAGUUCCACCAUCACGAUCCGCACGGAGGCAAAAUGCCAAAAUGGCGCGCGGUAUUCUGCCUGUGCGCUCAGGUGCGGGUGAUCCUGCUCCAGUGGUGCGCUUGGUUCCUGCGUAUGAAGAAGCCCGGUGACGAGCGCAAGUCCCCGUACAGCUACUCCAGCGCCAGCACCAGCAGCCUGCAGAUGAGCAGCAUUCCCGGUCAGAUGGGCACAAAUGGACACACAAACCUCUACUUCGGCUUCCACUCGCCCGACAGCACCUGCUGCCCCAACAGCAGCGACUCGGGCGUGUCGUGCGCCGCCUCCUGCGUCGGCGGGCCCCGCGAGGCAGCCACGGCUGCGCCAUCGGGCGAGCAGCGGGAGCUGCAGCGGCUCCUGGUCGAGGUGUCGUACCUGGCGCAGCGUUUCCGGGCCCAGGACGAGGCCGAGGCGGUGCGGGGCGAGUGGAAGUUUGCGGCAGCCGUCGUGGAUCGCCUCUGCCUCGUCGCCUUCUCGCUCUUCUCCAUCAUUUGCACCUUCGCCAUCCUCAUGUCCGCGCCCAACUUCAUCGAGGCCGUCUCCAAGGACUUCACAUAAUCGCACCGCUUUCAUCUUUUAUCUGAAAUAAGUAAAACUAACCACUGCCUUCAGUCCUCCCUGUCCGAGCCCGUGUUUGACUGCAGGUAAUCACAGCCGUGGUGUACAGGCUCUCUGGAGCACUCCUGUAGCAGCAGGUAUUUACUGAGUGUCACCUCAAACACUGUCUAUUCUCACCUAACACUGUGCUUUUAAUUAAUACCUGCCGAAUCUCUCUCUCUCUCUCUCUCUCUCUCUCUCUCUCUUACACACACACACACACACGCAGAAAACCUCUCAUCUGUUGUUGCUGCUGUUUGGGGUCACUCAAAUGAGAACUACCAACUCAUCGCAGAAAGUGCUGGAAGAGCUGGGUGCGCCCCUGACAUGGUAUUUCCAUAAUCAACUCCUUGCUUCAGUCUGUAACUUAUUUCAAUCAUACGUCACGAUCCUACUGCUAAUAACAUAGCUCAAGAACCACAUUAAAAACCAGACUUUUUAAACCACGUUGGUUAAACAGUCUAACAUCAUCCCCGGAUCUCUUAUGAACGUGGAAGUGUUUUUAUAACCCGUAUUAAAAUCUCAUCAGACAGGUUAAACACACCAGAGGCACCUGCUUUAGCUUAAUUACCAAAUAAAUGAGAAGAGGGAAAUCAUGAGUCCCUGGCCGCGAACACCUCGGCUCACCUUUCUGCGGUGGAUCUCGGCAGGUUUACGGAAGCGCUGCAGGAUUUAACUCAGAAACGUGAUUCUGGUGUAACUGACCUGAUCAAUCUGAUAUAGUUUUUCUUGUGUAAUGUACUCACAGUAUACAUGUGUGUAUAGGAACAGCACUGUUGUAGUUGUGUCGUUUCAUCAUUUUCGUUUCUUUUUCGUCCUCGACUUUUUGUGCCGUCCUCUUUCUAACACGUGCAGGUUUUUUGUGCUGACCCCAUGAACUAACAGACACUUUAUUACAAAAUAUAGAUUUGGAACAAAACCUCA